CGAACGACUAAUUUUCCCCCGGGAAGAGAGGACUUUCUUCUUUCCCUGGCAAUGGACUCGCGGCAAGUGUUGAUCGAGAGUCCAAGUUAAACCUCACAAAGUUGAUCUUCGUUUCUUGUGUGUGAACGCGCAACAAUUCUUGGGAGAGAAAUUCUUUCCUUCUUCUUUUUUUUUUUUGAAAAAAAUUUUUAGUGGGGAAAAAGAAAUUGUUGAAUUUUUUGUAAAGAAACGAAAAUUGUGACCUUUUGCUAAAAAUAGAAAAUAGAUUAGGUAAUGGAUUUUUAUAAAUUUUUUUUUCUUCUUCGAUGAUGAUGAUGACGGUGAACCGGCCGCUGGGUGAUAUGUGAAUGAAAGUGCUUUAGUGUGUCUAGAGAGAGAAAAAGAGGACACUGAGAACCACUGUGCCGGAUAGAAACUUGGUGAAAAUAGAGUGAGAGAAACGAAAGGAGAGGAAUUCUAAGAAAUUUAAUUUUUUGAAAAAAAGAGAGAGAGAGAGGAAGGAAAAAUUGAAAAAUGAAGACAUCUUGCAUUCUCUGUGGACUUUUAUUAGUCAUUGGUAUUGUUACCUCAAGUCCUGUCGUUAAACGCGCUGCCGAGGAUGAUCUCAGUCCAUUAAAUGAAAUUUAUCCUGUCGACGAGGAAGUCGCUGCUGACGAUGAAAGGUCAGAGAGAGACAAGAGAAAAAUAGGAGUCGUUAAACUUGGAGUGACAAAUGGACUCCUUAAUUUUGUCUUUGGAAAAUUGGACGCUUUCUUGGAGGCGAAGACGAAAGCAUUAGAAGUAUUGGACGAGGGAAAUAAGGCGAAAAAUCUUGCCUAUGGAAUUGAUCCGAAGCAUUCGGCGACGAGUCAUUUUAUCAGCAAUUUGGUUCAUCAGAAAAUUCAGGCCGGUACAGCAAGUAUCGGUCCGGUAAUAAAUAGUGCGACAACAUUCUUUUCAAGUGCAAAAGCUGGUCUCUCCCACGCUUUUGCCUCGAAAUUCGCACCCUUAAGUUCUCUUUCAGGUGGUUUGUCCGGCGGUUUAUCGGGUGGUUCCGGCGAUUCAGAUCAUUCCGGUGGAGGUGGUGGCUCGGGAAAUAUUCUCUCGACAUUGACAAGUCUCAGUGGAGCAAGUAGCAAUAAUGGAAAUUCCCAUACUGACGAUGUGCGCUCAACGACCGAGGAGGAUAUUCCAGAAUUUGACAGAAAAAAAGUUUCAUUGGAUGUUCCGUCGCAAAUUUUUGGUACAGGAUUCUCUCUGGUUACAAAUUUGAGUAAAAUCGUUGGUAGCCUCAUAAUGAACUCAGCGCUUCGAACGCAGAGCGUUUUGGAGGUUUUUAAACCAAUAUUUCGAGGAGCAUUCGCUAUAAAGGGUUUACCUUCGGAUAAUCCAAAGUAGAUCGAUUGCAGUAUCCUUAUAGGUGAUUUGAAUUGCUCAACCGUUGCUGGAGGCGCUUGACAUCUAGACAAGUCAUUAAACUCAUUAACGAGAGUGACUCUAGGGCAACAAUUUUUUUUUUAAAUAGAAAAAUGCUACAUAUUUAUUGUUUUUACUUUUCUUGUUUGUUUAAUAUUUUAAGAAACAAUUUUGUAAAAUUUAAAGACAUUUGAAAAGAGAAGAACUGAUCAUUUUGUUAUAAGUAUUAUUUAUUUAUAAACGAAAAUUCAAACCAGCCAUAUUAUUUGUAAGCUGAGUCUUGAUUUUUUUAAAUUUCGUUUUUCUUUUCCAACUCUUGUAUAUUGUAUACUGUAAAUUAUCUUUAAAAAUAUCUUUAAAAAUAUCUUUUAAAAUAUUAUUUAUAUUUUUUAAAAUUUUCAAAAGAAUUUUCAAAAGAAUUUCUGAAGGAAUUUUUUCGAUUUUAUGGAAAAUUCAUUUUUUGUCUGACUGUAACUGACAUUUUCUACUGAUGGGAAAUUAACGUUUUUUUCUGUCCUCCAGAAAGGGAACUUGUCAUUUGCUACUUAUUUUAAAAAUUAAAAGAAUCUCUAAACGUUUUUGUUAUGUAAUUUAGAAUUCUUUUUUGAAACUCUAUGAAGGGAUUUAUUCUAGAAAAGUUUAGGAUAAAAUUGUCUGACUAAAGGUAUCUUUCUCUACUGGGAAAAUUACCACUAGGAAAAUUGUAAGAAUAACCUUUGUCUGACUAAAAUUGUUUUAUACCACUGAUAUGGAAAAAUUAUAACGGAAAAGCAGUUUUCUUUUUUUGAAAUUAUCUGUAACUAUAUAUAUUGAUACCAAAGUCUGGUUGACUAAAACUUUUUUUCACCACUGGGACUAAGGUCAGAAAAAUUCUUCAAACUUUUGUCUUACUAGGAUUAGUCUGUACUACUAGUGUCGAAAUUUGCAAAAAUCUAAAAUUUUCUUUUCCUGUAAUUAGAUUUAACUACUGGUUUAGAAAUUAAAAUUAAUUGUAGAAAAUUCCAAACAAUUCUGUUCUAGUGAAUUCGAUUUUUACUAUACUUGUAACUAAAAUUAAAAUUCAAUUUCUGUGUGACUAAACGUAGUUUUUUACUACUGAAAAUUAUAAAUAUUAGGCAAAAUUUGUCUUACCAAAAAUUGUAUAACUGAUAAUAGGAAAAAAUGUCUGACUUAAAAUGUUUGUACUACUUAAACUACUUUUCGAAUAACUCCACAAUAUUCAGUCUGACUAAACUUUUCUUUUACUACUGAGACAAAAAUUACUAAAUUUAGGAAAAGUUUUUAUACUAGUGGAGUUUUCUCCCACUGACUGUACAAAAGUGUCUGACUAAAACUGUCUUUUACCACUGGAAAUAAAUUUUUUUUUAAAUGUUCGUCUGACGUAAAUUUUCUUUUACUAUUAGUAAAAAGUUACAAUCAAUACAGAAAAAUACACUUUUGUCUGACUAAAGUUGUCUCUUACUACUGGUGAUAAAACUUAUGUUGGGCUUAAUAUAAAAUUUGCUAAUUAGAAAAAUUCCGUCCAUCUGAAAAUGAUUUCACUACCUAUACAAAAAAUUUCCUAAAAUAUGUCUGACAAAAUAGGGUCUUUUUCUCCUAGCAAAUCUGUGGCCGUAUUGAAAUAAUUUACUAGAAAAAUUAUGUCUUACUAUAGUUGUCUUUUUCUACUGAUUCCAAAAGUUCUGUCUGACUAAUAAAAAAUUUACUACUUGAAAGUAAAUAAAAAACAUCCGAAAUUCCGUCUGACCAAAAUUGUCUUCUUCUACUAAAAAAUUACUACUUCUAUUUGAAAUACUUUUCUAGAAAAUUCCCGUCUUACUGUAAUUCUCCUUUUCUACUGAAUCAAAAAAUCGACUAUGACUGGAAAAAAUUUCUUUUACUACUAGUCAAAAAUUACAACUCUAAAAAAAAUUUCUUUUAAUUUAAUUGAAGCUAAUAGAAAUUAAUUUCCCAAUAAUGAAAUUUAAAGAAUUUCGUCUGACCGUAACUGACUUUUACUACUGAAUCCACAUUGAAGGGAGAUAUUAUAUAAUCUGACUAGGAAUAUGUUAAUCAUUAAAGUCUACAAAAAACAGGAAAAUAAUUUUUAAAAGGAGAGCGAAGGAACUUUAAGUAAAAAUAAAUAUUUGAGGGAAAAUAUUGUAACGUAACAAUUGUACAAGUUUUAAAAAACUAUUUACUUAUUAAAAACAAACAUCUCAUAAUUCUAUAUUGUAAUUUAGUGAUUGUGGGUUCAAUGGGUAGUAUGUAACAGUGCUAUGUAAAUAUAUAUUAUUGUAGGUAUAAAAUUGUAUAUUUAUAUAAAACAUGAUUACACA